CGGUUUCUACAUUUUACGGUAACCUUAAUGUUCCGUCACACUCGCAUCCUCUGCAGUCCGGAAGUAAAUGGUGUAGACAACAAACUGUAUUCUCCGUCACCUGGAUUAACGUGACACACUGCGACGUCUAUUUUCCCUUCACCAACAGAAUUAUCUGCCUGUACAAACAUACUCUACGAAGCAUCUCAUAAGUAUUUCGUUAGAGACGUGUGCCUUACAGUACAAUGUCGGUUAUUUUUCAUAAGCAGCUGGCCUCCAUUAUGGAGGUGUUAACGUCUGCGGCAGUAACAGAAAUAAGCAAACUUGUAGAUGACGGUUAUGCGGUUUUACAUCUGGAAAUGUCUCACUACGUGAAAGAGAACGAGGCUCUGAAGAGGAAACUGCGGACGAUGGAGCUGCGGGUCUCGCGAGCGUGUCCGGAGAGAACGGACGCGCGAGAGAGCUCUGCAAGCAGUCGCCGUUUCGGCGUGCAAGUUUGCCAUGAAGCGAGAACUGAAGAGAGUUGUUUUCAGACCUUAGGGAAGCAGGCGGUCAGCCGUCUGCACGCAGGUGGAUGGACCACACCUGUGCCUGACGAUAACGUUCCCGAGCAACCUGCCGUUUCCACCCACCAGUGUGCAGACACGGAGGAGGAAAGGACUGAACCACUCCUUAUAAAAGUGGAGGAACUGGAAGAAGACAGAGACCCACGGUGGGAGAUUAAUGCCAGGGAGGAGGGAGCGGUGGAGUGGAGGGCAGGCAGCAGGGAAAAACGUCCCGUUGAGGAAACGCAGAAUAAAGCAGCGAAUCACACAGAGGAGCUCACUGAGCAGCACAGGACCAGACGCGCUGUUUGGGAGGUCAGUGGACUGGAGUCUGUCCUAAAAGCAGAGGGACAGAGCGAGUGUGUCGAGACGCUCCAACACAGAGGAGCUGAACACAGGGCAGGAGGACUGAACAGUCUGGACUCUGAGUUUGUCAUGUUUGAAAGACCAGGCCAGCUGGGGUCCUACUGUACACAAGGGGGCGCUGUCACGGAGACAGAGGAUCCGUGUUGCUCUUACUCUACAGAAACGGACUCGGAGAGCCUGGCCUUUCGCUCGGAGCUGCAGUUUACUGCUUCGAAAGACGACGGCGGUCAUGCCAGUCUUUCAGCGGGCUCCCGCGAUGUGAACCCGGAUGCACCGAUGGAACCCGUGUCUGUUAAAAUAGAGGCGGACCUUCAGCCUGCCUGGAGCAGGAGGCCCGUGUCUGAGCUUGUGUACUCCGAGCAGAGACACGGCCCUGUGGAGAGAGGAAGACAGGCGGCGCUGCCCCAUAACGUUUUCUCACUGCGCCUGCCGCAUAAUAUAUCCGCGACAACGGGAACCACGGCAACAGCGCCGCAGUCAAACCCGGACGACGUAAACGGAACUCCACUCUACGAGAAGAGGUGCACUGCAUCCAAAGGCUUCAGGGGUCACCGCAAGGUCUGCACGAGGAAGAGGAAGUUCAUCUGCAAAUACUGCGGAAAGGGUUUCCCUCGCGCAAAGGAGCUGGAGAUUCACCAGAGAGUGCACACGGGGGAGAAACCGUUCGGCUGCACGCACUGCGGGAAGCGCUUCACCCAGAAGUGCAACCUGAAGACGCACUUGAGCAUCCACACUGGGGAGAAACCGUUCCGUUGCCUGCAGUGCGGGAAAGGCUUCGUCCAGUCGGGCUACCUGAAGGCGCACCAGAGAGUCCACACGGGGGAGAAACCGUUCAGCUGCGCCAAAUGCGGGAAGAGGUUUGGCCAGUCUUCUUACCUGCGGUCCCACCAGAGCGUGCACACCGGGGAGAAACCGUUCAGCUGCGCACACUGCGGGAAGGGCUUCACUCGAUCCUGUCACCUGAAAAGGCAUCAGACUGUUCAUGAGCCUGGAAACUGCACCGAUGUGGACUUAUUUUGAUGAAGCUUUGCUCUGUAGGUCACUCAGGGUGAGGGUGUGUGCUAAAUAAAGUUGGCAAAGGUAACAGAAAUGAGAUUCCACCAUAUAGGGAAAUUAUAUUUUUGUAAGUGGUUCCUGUGAUGGUGCGUGGCCCAGUGAUUUAGCAGAGCCUUUCUCACAGAAGUAGUUUUUAAAACAGAAACAAAACGACACCCCAUAACUUCAGAAUCCUAUUUCUUAUGAAGAAAAAAAAGUAAUAAUUUCUUGUUUUUUUUCAAUUUAAACAGAUGAUUGGUUGAUUACUUACUAAAAAGACAAGAAACUGAGUGAGCUUCAAUUUUAAAAAAGCUUGCUUCUCAUGUGGGUGCAUGUCCCUCAAGCCCUAGAUAUUACCCUAGAUGACGAUUUGUCAGUGCAGCAUAUAUAUAAUGUAAUGUGCAUCUAAAAUGUGAGAUUACAUAUAUGCAAAGGCCACCAGUUCUUGGGUAGAAUUUGUCUCAAUGGUUGCAGUCGCCAGUGCAGUUUUAAAUGGAUGUAAUUUGAGUAUAAUUGAUUACAGAACAUUCUGAAAAACUUCUGAACAUUUUUUAUGAAAGUGUGUAUCGUACCUUUAAAUUAUUAACACAUGCUUAUGUAUUGUUAUACUUUGUAAUGAUGAAAUAAAUGUCUGUAAUACCUGA